AUGAUGUCGUCCGUGGACCUGUCAACCUCCGGCCGCGGACCUCGCGCCUCCACGCAGCAAUUCGCAGCGCCCAACGCGCGCUACAACGCCCACAACAUGCGAUACGCCGCGCCGCCUCCGCGCGCCUCCGGGUCUGCCACGGGCCGCGCCAAGACGGAGCAGGUGGUGCUCGAGUUCCUGUACAAGGCGGCGGAGCUCAUCGUCCAGAGCCGCGUCAACUUCCAGCACGAGCCGGACCUUCGUCGUGGCAGCCGCCGCGCGCGCUUCAACCUGGACAUCGAGGAGGUGCAGGCCGUGCGCGAGGCCAUGUCGGCCUGGAAGGAGGACGUGCGCCUGCCGCUGGCCAUCGACAUCUUCUGGGACGCCGGGGACGGCCACAAGGUGCUGCUCGAGCGCUGGAGCGUGACCUUCGCGGCCGACGGGGACGGCGGAUCGGGCGCGCACUUGGGCUCGACGCAGGACGUGAUCCAGCAACUUAAGGAGGUCUGCAAGCGCAUCAGCGUGUUGCUCAGAGCGCUCUUCUCCUUCAUGCGGCAGCUCCCGGCACACAGGCUCUUCGCGCAGUCGUACCCGUCCAUGCUCAGCUACGCGAUGCACGCGGCGCCCGCUAGUGACGCCGCGCGCGCGUUCGAGACGCAGCGGGUGGCAACCAGUGGGUACUCGUUUAUCCCCAUUACGACGCCGUUUGGACUGCUGAAGGUCGCAGCGGUGUAUCGGCGGGACUGUGACCAGUUCACGGAGCGGCAGGAGCAAGCGGCGCCGUCGCGGAUCUUCCAGGACAAUUUUAUUAUUCAAGACUAUGUGCCCGGGUCGCCGGAGUUGGUGCCUGCUAGUGCACCGGUGCCGUCCAGUACCAGCGCAGCGAUGGCGGACGUCCCAAUGAGGGUGACAGACUUACGGACAGAUUCCUUUGUGCCAGUAAGUGACGCGGAGAAGUUCGGCGGUAACGUUGGCGUUCUUCAGCGUCGACGAUCGUCGCCUCGCUCGAUCCCAAUGGCACCACACCAGCAGUUCAGCAGCACGGGUCCUGUAGGUGACAUUGGAGUGGAUGAUGAUGUAGCGGUGCGGACCCAGCCAGGAAUGUCUAAGCCUAUGGCGAUCCCGCGGGUUAGCAGCAAAGGAGCUAUGGCAGCAGGCGGUCGAGAGGGCGCUGGUGCGGCGGGAUAUGGGGACGAACAGAGUGACGGAAAGAUUAUUCAGCAUGCUCACUCGUACGGAGGCGAGCACGAUGUCCGGUUACGAAGCGCUGCCGCCAACCCGAACGUAACGGCGGCACCCUAUGGCUACGGGAAUGUUGCGAUUGAUCGCGAGCAGCAGCAUACGUCAUCGCCGUCACUUGCGUUCCAGCAGCGCCAACAGCAACUGUGGGAAGGUGGAGCGAGCCAUCAGGACGCCGAAAGCGGUUUACACGUUUCACAGACGUCCUUCCACGACGAACCGCCGACCAGCAACAGCAACGCGGCAUAUCACCGCCUGUCAACCCCGCCUCGGCACCCGAAAUCUAUCUCACUCUUGCGCGGUGGACGGACGUCUCCUGCGCUGACGCACAAACCUUUUCUCCCUGGAAACGAGACGCAGCACGCGCCUGGGUCUUUGGAUAACUUUACGCUCGAUAGUGGAUCUCCCUCACCGCUGCAGCAGCCGCAUGUUCCGAGACGCAGGAAGAGCUCGUUCAACGGCGCAUUUGUGUCCGACAAUACAGGCUUCACUGCGGCUCCGGAAGGCAUUCAAGAGGAUCUCCAGACCAAGAGUGCUGCGGUAACUUCGGACGCUGUCACGAAAACAGAAGCUAUCACGAUUCGCCCGGGUGGUGCAAAGAAUUCACCGAUCGACGGCAUGCCCAUGUUCUCCUCAAGCCCCCCGUUUCAAGCGAAUCCGUGCGAGCUGCUAUCCACGUCGCCAGGAUACUCGUACAGCAAGAAUUACCUUCGGUCCGGCUCCAGCAAUGUGCCGACAUUUAUCACGACGGAUCAAUUCCAGCUGGGACUCCAUGGCGCGAAGCGCUCGUCAUUCUCGUCCUCGGCAGGCCUGAUAUCGGCGAAGAAACGCGGAUUCUCGCCCGAUUUCAGCGACAGCGGUGUGACUGCAUGGGGAAUCUCUCCCGACACGCCUGACGCGUUCGGCUUAGCAAUCGUUGAUGCAGCGGGGAGCUCGUCUGGCGGUCGCCCACGGUUCUUGUCGCUAUCAGGAAGUGCUGAUGCAGGAGGAGCUUCAAGCGACGGGCAGAGUGACGACCUGGAUGCCGACGGCGCUGACAUGAUUUUGCCAUUUGCGAUCGGGGAGAGAUCGUCAAUUGGAUCAAGCGGGACUACAGCUGCCGACUCAGUCUCAACGGGUGCUGGCAGCGCGCUAAACCGUUCGUCGGGCGCGUCGUUGGAUACGGCGUCGGUGGGGAACUUCCUGCACCAGAUCAAGAACGCGCCACGUUUAAGUAAGUCAGCGUCUGCCCUCACUCCAUCGGCACCAGACGGAGAAUUGGAUAAAGCAUCGGAUGAUAAGCCACCAGCCCCAGCACCGACCUCGGUAUUCGACGAUGAACUCGCAGGGUUUCGCAGCUUGCGGGACGAGCUUGCCCGCGUGUUCUGA